UUGAUGUAUCACAGACCAGUCGGAAUGUCGAACAUUUUAUUUUAUUGUUUAAAAUAAUCGCAAGCUGUUGAGUUUAAUUUGUUAUUAGAAUGCUUUACGGUUUGGCCAGGACAAAAAAGAAUAGUGAGAAUCCAAAAACACCGAAAUAUACAAUGUUGUGGAAACCCAAACUGAUUUAGUAUUGUACCUGUUUCAUAUGAUUUUAUGAAUGUUGAAGUGAUUAAGUGGGCAGGAUGCCGAGAGGAGAAAACAAGCCGAGUAACUUGUUGUCGCGGGAGGAGAAUGACCAGGUGUUUGCCCUUAUAGGGCCAAAAUGCCAAAGUCUAGCGACAGCAGUCGUCCAACUGUUCACGACAGAAGGCCCUGGCCACUCGGAAUGGAAGAAAAAGGAUACCGGCGUCCUCUGCCUCAUUAAGGACAACGCCAGACGGUCCUACUUCUUCCGGAUAUACUGUCUCUACCGGAAGUCUAUGAUAUGGGAACACGAGGUCUACAACCAAAUCGAGUAUAAAAGUCCAAGGCCAUAUUUGCACACCUUCGAAGCUGAGGAAUAUAUGACUGCGUUCAACUUCGCUAACGAAGAUGAGGCGACCAAGUUACGGAACACCCUCAUUGAGAAGAUCGAGCUCCGGAAGCAGAGAAGAGAAGAGCGACGCCAACGCCAGUCUCAACAGGCGGGUCGCACGAACAGCGUGUCGUCGUACGGGUCGAACACGUACGCACGCGCCAACGGCACGCCCCCGCCGCCCGCGCCGCCGCCCCCCGCGCCCGCGCCCGCCGUGCCACUACCCAACAAGACUAAUGUCACUUCUAGCUACUCGUUCAAGAGUUCGAACACCGGCAAGAAGCAGAAGACGCGGAAGUUGACGAAGGCGGACAUCGGCGUGCCGCAGGACUUCAUACACGUCUCGCACGUCGGCUGGAGCGCUAACAAAGGUUUCGACCUUGAGAAUCUGCCGGACGAGGAGAUGCGGUCGUUCUUCCUGCGCGCCGGCAUCUCCGACUCGCAGCUGGCGGACAGCGCGACGCGCGAGUUCAUAUACGACUUCAUCAACAGGAACGGCGGUAUCAACGCGGUUAAGGAGGAGCUGCAUGAGGCGCCUAAGCGGAAAGAAUCACAGCGAGUGGCCGCCGCGCCGCCCGUCCCGGCACGGUCGCCACAUCCACCUGCGCCGCCGUCUCGCGCCCCGCCCCCGCCGCCUGCGCCGCCCGCCCGCGCGGUGCCGCCGCCCCCUCCCCCGCCCGCCGCGCUGCAGCCGCCGCGGAACCCGCCCCCGCCGAGACCUACACAACCUCCGAGCAGCGGCCCCCCGUCGGUGCCUCCCCCGCCGCCGCCGGGCUCGGCCCCGCCCCCUCCGCCGCCGCCCCCCGCGCCCGUCGCCCCCGCCGCGCCCCCCGCACCGCCCCCGCCGGCGGACGACCCGCGCGCCGCGCUCAUGGAGAGCAUACGCAGCGGCAACAAGGCACUACGGCACGUGGACGUCGGGUCGAAGACGUCGCUGAACGACGACAGCCGCGGAAAUCUGCUCAGCGAGAUCCGACAGGGCAUCAGCUUGCGAUCGGUAACAACGGUGACGCGGUCGAGCAGCGGUACGGGCGAGAGUGGCGGCGCAGCGUGCGGGCUGGCGGGCGCGCUCGCCAAAGCGCUGCAGGAGCGGGCGCGCGCCAUACAGUCCUCGUCCGACGACGACACAGAGACCAGCGACGGCGAGUGGGAGGAUUGAUGCGUGUACGCCACCGUACACGCAGUUGCGUACGCAGAUUUACGAGCAAUUAUGCGCGGAAGUAUACCCGUAGUUGUUUACGCGAGUGUAAAUGCAAUUGCGUGCGCAAGUUUAUACGCUAGUGUAAAUGCGGUAACGUACGCAACUUUACACGCAGUUGCGUGCGUAUAGGCCUUUUACGCGAGUAACCUUCGUGUUGUUGGUAUAGAUUCGCAAGUAACAUGCGUGUAUGUAAUAUGUAUAUUAAAUUCUUAUAUUUGUUGUAUUUUUCAACUCAAAUCAUUACCAUUUAAAACUAAUCGUAUGACACAUCACACAUUGGAUCAUCAAUGACAAAUGUAAAAAGAAAGUGCACUUGACAAGUAAUUUGAAAUUUAAUUUUUUAAAUUAAACAGUUAAGCUUUAAAGUGACUUAUGAGAGCCAAAUUCACUCAAAUAUUUUAUUUGCCAAUCGGUUAGUUAACAUUGUUCUAGUUUCAAUUUCAAGAAUUGAACAUUUUAGUGAAUACUUAUGAAAAAUAAAAGUUUUUAAUUCAUAUUAUGUAUGUACAAGUAAAUUGUACAAAGUGUUUUCUGUAAAUAUACCGUUUAUGUGUUGUUAAUAUGGCCGUGAAGCUCUGCGAAUAACUCUAAAUAUAAAUACAGAUUUCAAUGCGAUACUGUAACUUUAUGAUAUUGUAUUUUUGUAUGUGUAAUAACUAACUAGUUUCUUUGGUUACGAUGAUCGUUUCUACAUAUGAAUUUUGAAAUUAUCUCAUAUAUCCGUCAUUUUUAUUUCUUCUAUGAUACUUUUUUUUACUUUGUCCGAAAUACGUUUGAGAUAUAUCCGGAAACAUUUGAGUGCUAUUUCUCAUCAUACCAUCUUUUUAUAUCUUCGAUAUACUUGCAAAUUUAACGUUCUUAUACUUUUUAAAUUCUGCUUGUGCUCAAAAGUAGAAAAUUUCGAAAAUGGUGCUCAGUCAUCUUCAUUUAAAAUAAAUUCUUAAAUACAUUGUAGGGAAUUGAAUACAAGAUUUUAUAAAAAAAUUUAGUAUUUUUGUAGUAAGUAUUUCUUUUCUUUGGUCAGUACUAGUUAUGAUUGGAUGUUGAACAAAAUUCAAUUAAAAUUUGCUGUAUUUUUAAAUUAUUACCCAUAAUGUUAUGUGGUGCUCAGUCAUUUUCAUUUAAACUAUUUUCUAAAAUACUUUUAUA